AUGUCUUUCUCUGCCCCUUCUGUGUCCACACCCUCACCACUCUCUGCUCUGAGCCGACCCGCUAGGCAAAGGCGGCAGAGCCCAGCCCUCCAAACCUCGCUACGAAGCUCCCCUCUACCAUCCCACCGAAUGAACCAGUCGGAUAACGUUGACGAUUCAGAUGACGAAGGGGGAAAGGCACCGCAAUUGAGUGCGUUGGCGCGAAUGCUCCUAGACGACUUUCCUGAGUCGAAUGGCGCUGUUUCUGUUAGAGGGACGCUGGCCGAUGCUCCUCCUGAACCUGAACCUGUUGCUGCCAACGGCGGACAUAGUCCACGCGACCGGAUGGACUGGAGUCACUCUCCGGCUGCGGACGAGUACAAGACAGGCCGGUUGGGAUCGUCUCGUAUGAGCCCCGAUUUUUCCACUGCUCGUGAAUUGGUGACUCCUGCCCCGGGGAGAUACUCGAGAAAAGCUCUCAACGGCACCUACUCGACUAUUAGCUCCUCCGGGUCGUCGUCAAAUUCUAGUGAACCGAAACAGGAUGUAGAGAACCGCGUUUAUGGUACGACGUAUGGGAGCGUUGUGAGGCCUUCUGCGGCGGGGUCUACAAUGACCAAUACACAAGCAUCUACGUCUGCGUCUGCUAUUCGAUGGAAACGCGCGGGGCGAGGGUUGUUGGGUGGCUUGGCCGGCCCCCCGCGAAGGGGACCGAGGAGGGAUAGUGAACGUGGAGACGAAGAGUAUCAUGAUGGGUAUAUCGGCGAGGGCGUCGAAGGAAGAAGCAGUCCUAGCUCCACCGAGAAAGAGGGGCCGGAAUCAGACGCGAACUCCGGGUCUCGAGGUUACUCGACGAACACGAGUGAAGAUGUCGAUAUGGAGCCCCCCAUGCUCAUGUCUCGUAGGUCUCGAAGAUCGAGUCCAGUAUCAUCAGCGGAGCAAGCGAGGAUCAACGUCUACAGGGGUUCGAGCACACCAGAAGAACCCGGUACAGGCGGGAGGUCUUCCCCAGCAGAAUCUCAGAGACGCAGUGGUUCGUCAUCAUCGUCGAAUUCUAUGUCAAGAGCGGCGGCUAUCGCAGCAGCAGCUGCCGCUCUCCCACAAGGCAUUGUGGUUAACGAUAAAGAGAAUAUGCUCCCCCCACCUACAUUCCGCCGCCCAGCUGUAAGCAACUCCUAUAAGCGACUGGGCUCUAGUGAAGAGAAGCCCGCUCCUGCCCCAGUAUCUCCCGUCAAGCACCAAACGAAGUCACUCGCUCCUUCGCCAGCGAAAGUUUCGCCACCACCAAAGAACAAUGUACUCUCCAUCAGGAGCAGCAAUACGCCACUACGCCCAGCGCCGCCUCCACCAAAGAUGUCGAUGCUUGAAGCCGUCACAGCUAGUGCAGGUGCAUCGGCGACUGCAUCUCAACAGUCAUCACGUAGACAACGAUCGGUGGUUCACGUAAAUGGCAAGCCAUAUAGACGCCUCGAUGCGAUUGGAAAGGGAGGGUCUAGCAAGGUCUACAAAGUUAUGGCGGAGAAUUUCAAAAUGCUUGCUAUGAAGAAAGUCACUUUCAGUUCUCAGGACGGGGAGGCCGCUAUCAGAGGAUAUAAGGGCGAGAUCGACUUAUUAAGAAAGUUAUCAGGGGUGGAUAGAGUUAUUCGAUUAUACGAUUGGGAGAUUAACGAUGAGAAGCAGUGUUUAACUAUGUUAAUGGAAUGCGGUGAAACGGACCUCGCAAAGGUCCUCACCCUCCGACACGGACACGAGGACUCCCGCAUGGAUGUAUCCUUCAUCCGCUACUACUGGCGCGAAAUGCUCCUCUGCGUCCAAGCCGUACACGAUCUGAACAUCAUCCACUCAGACCUGAAACCGGCAAACUUCCUCCUCGUGCAGGGCCGGCUCAAGCUCAUUGACUUUGGAAUCGCCAACGCGAUCCAGGAUGACACCGUCAAUGUCCACCGCGAGUCCCAGGUUGGCACGCUGAACUACAUGUCCCCUGAAGCAAUCGUGGACAUCAACGCCACCUCGGGCAGAGCCAUGGCCAGCGUCGGCGCGCCCCGCCUCAUGAAACUAGGCGCGCCCAGUGACGUCUGGAGUCUCGGCUGCAUGCUGUAUCAAAUGACCUACGGCCAUGGCCCAUUCUCGCACCUCUCGCUAAUGUAUCAGAAGAUCAAUGCCAUCCCCGAUCCCAACUACCCCAUCGACUACCCCGACACCGGCAUUGGUGGCGUCCCCGUUCCCAAAUCGCUCACCAACACCAUCAGCGCGUGUCUUGCCCGGAAUAAGGACGAGAGACCGACCAUUCGUCAACUCCUCAGUGACAACGACCCAUUCUUGAACCCGGAUCGCGCCAGAGAGGGGCUCGUCGACGUUAGCAUGGACAUGCUCCGCUUAUUGUUGGAAAAUGCCGUGGAUCACGUUACCGAGAAGGGUGUGCCGACGCGCGAGAUCACGGCGGCGUGGGCGAAGGAUGUGUAUGGGAAGUUGGAGAGGAGGAUGGCAGAGAACCGGGGGCGGUGA